AUGGAGUUAAAUAAUGUAUUAAAAUAAAAAUUAUACUAUAAUAAAAAUGAAUAUUUAAUAGAUAAUUAAGAUUCAUUUUUACCCCACGACUUCACAUUUAUCAAGGAAUAAAAGGUAGUACAUAAUUUAAUGAAACUUAAUAUUUUGAGGCUUUAACUAAUAAAGUACCCAAAAAUAAGUAUAUAUAAUUUAAAUUAAGAGUAAAAAUCAAACAGAUAGUCUUAGGAAAAAUUGGAAAUAUUUGACUUGAAGUAUUGCAAAAAAUAUACUUCCUGA